AUGUUUUGUAAAUGUGGUUGUUUAAUUUCUUAUCCAAAAGAAGUGGAUGAUCAAUUAAUUUGUAAAAGAUGUUUCAAUAAGUUAACAUACACUGAUAAUAUUAUUUAUGAAGAAUCUGUUUUUACUCAUAAUAAUACUAUUGAGAAAAAUAAUAGAAAUGAAGGUAUAAUUAAUGAAAUAUGUCCUAAUUGUAAUCAUAAUCAAUUAUCUUAUACUACUUUACAAUUAAGAAGUGCUGAUGAAGGUCAAACUGUAUUUUAUACUUGUUUAAAUUGUAAACAUAAAUUUACAAUCAAUUCUUAA